GAAAUGUAUGUUGUGUAUCCCGGUAUGGUCAUUGCUUGAGUAGCGUGCAGCAAUUCCUAAUUUAAGCGAUCUUUUAUCUACUAGAGCAAUAGGGAGAAUAUAAAAGUUAUUGUAAUCAUGUCGCAAAUAUCUGCAAACGAAGGACCGAAGUUAGAGCAGAUCGAUCUCACAAACCUCAAUCUUCAGCAGCUCACGCAGUUGAAGCAAAAUUUGGACCAGGAACUCGGAGUAUUUCAGGACUCGUUGCAAGCUCUCAAAAUUGCCCAAAAUAAGUUUCAAGAAUCUGGGACGAGUCUUGGAAAAAUCAACCCUCGGGCUAAGGGAAAAGAAAUUUUAGUGCCAUUAACGAGUUCCAUGUAUGUCACUGGAAAACUAGCCAACACGGAAACUGUCAUAGUUGACAUCGGUACUGGAUACUAUGCUGAAAAGGACAUUCAAGGUGCAAAAGACUAUUUCACAAGAAGAGUCAAUUAUGUUACGGAACAGAUGGAGAAAAUUCAACAAAUUGGUCUUGAAAAAAGCAGAAUAAGAGAAGCUAUAAGGGAAGUAAUGGAGAUGAAAAUGCAAGAACAGAGGGCAGCGAUGAAAGAGAGUUCGGAGCAUUCAUAAAUAAAUAGGUUGAUCAUAAAUAAGCUGCCUGUAUUUUAAUUCAAGCCUUAUUUCUAGGCUGUCUGUGCGCAGUUGAAACAUACUUUUAAACAGUUGUUGCAAAUGCCUCUGAAUCGAUCAACGUAAUUAAUUCUCUGAUUUUGCCAGAUAUUGCUUAAUAUGGUCAGAAUGUAUUUUAUAAUAUAAAAUGAAUCACUGUUUUUAUUUGUACAUGGGACACCCAUCAAAUAAUAAUCGCUAAUAACUCUUUAUCGCCCUACGUUCGUUUUAUAUUUUCAACCAUUUCUCGGUCUUUACUCGCUUAGCAGUAUUUAUUUUCUAUUGCACAAUUGAUCAUUUCUGUUAAUACAUUUUAAAUUCUAUUGUA